GUGUGUAUGUCUGUAUGAGUGACUGUGUGUGUAUGUGUGUGUUUGUCGCGCCUCCCUCGAGACGCCGCAGUGACGUCAGCUGCAGUACCUCGUCCCUCCAGCAGCAGCGGGUCUCUCUCUUCAUUCAGUCGGCUCUCCGAGUUAGUUAACGGAUCUCACGGUUGUUAUUAUGUACCGCCGGGGCUUCUUUUUCACUUGUUUCUUUCCCUUGCCAGUCAGAAACGGACAAACGGUGUGUGGAAAUGUCUCUACUUCUUUUUGUUCUGCUGAAUAAUCGUCUCAGUUUGGAUUUUCUCUUGAAGAAAACAGAUUUUAUGGGAAGUAUUAAACCCACCGGCGCUCUUUUGAUUUUAACUUGUGUCGGAAUGUAAUAAGCUAACUUUUUGUUAUAUAUAUAACUCCAAUUGUUUACCUAAUGGAUACCGUUACAAAGAUAAUAUUGGAGUAUUUGUUCACCUUUUUGUGAUUUGAUAAGGGUAUUUCUUCGGAGGUGGAAGUGGACUAUUCCUUUGGAAAAAAGUAAAGUUUUCAUCACCUAGCUUGAGGCAAAGAAUGCUAUAUUCUGGUCAUUUUCCCAACAGUUACGGUCAUUUUGUGUGGUUUACGUGAAUUAAAAACCAGAAUGAUUUCGGAGGAAAGAAGCAGCCACGUAAAUAAACAAGCCCUAAACUUCCCGGUGGGUUUACUCAUCCGCUCUCCAAAGAAGCGACUGGCAAAACUGGGGAGGAAACCCAGCAAUGGGUCUGUGCAGUCCAACCAAUCGGACACCACCGUCCGCUCCACAGAAAGCGUGUGUGUUCGGCAGCCGGCCAAGAGCAAAAUCCGCCGCCACAACAACAACAGGCUUUCAUCUGUUUUCAACCAAAGCCCCUGCAGUGGCCGCCGCGGCCAAGGCAGCGGGAGCCUUCAGUCUGCAGACGACCCUGCAGAGCUGUCCAGCCAAAUGUCUGUCCCCGGCAUCCUGAAGAUAUUCGGCAGCGACAUCUGUCAAGGGACCCACUACAAGAGCGUGCUGGCCACCAUACAGUCCAGUGCAAAGGAGCUGGUGAAGGAGGCCUUGGAGAGGUACUGCCUGGAGAAAGAAGACCCCAGCGAUUACGUGCUUUGCGAUGUGAUUGGACAGACGGGCGCAGACAACCAGUGGAAGAGGGAGUGUUUCCGGGUGGUGGGAGACAACGAGAUGCCCCUGUUGCUGCAGUCGCUUUGGAAACCCAAGGAAGGCUUUUCCAGGCGUUUUGAAAUCCAGCUGAGAGCGAGUGUCGAAGAGCAAAGUUUAAAGGAGAGAGACACAGUCACCGCAGGCAUCAAUGCUCAGGCCCGUAAGCUGCAGAAGAGCCGCUCCAGAGUGACCUCUCUGUUUGUGGACGGCAGCGGGGAAGAUGUGGACGGACUGGGGAUCUGGAGGAGUCUCAGCGAGAUGGAUCUGUCCGCCAUGGGGAAGGAGGCCAGCCGGGCCCAGCAGAGUGCGCUCAGAGAGGACCCUGAGGCCGAGGCCGACAAGGAGGUGCUGCGGCUCGGCAUGGAGAAGGAGGAGACUGAGAGCAGCGAUGACAACACUACCCAGUACUCCAUUCACCCACCUUUCGACUUCCCAUACUUCCUUCUGCUGCUGGGCUACAGCCACAGACAGGAUUUCGUCAUCUACCUGAUGAGUGGCACCACCACCAUCUUCGGCUGCUGCAGGGCGCACUGUAACGGAGAGGACGAGGAGAGGCUGAAGGUGGACAUCCUUCUCUUUGCUCCUGACGUGUUGCCUCAGCACUGCUGCGUCAGACGCCUGGACUCUAACACAGGGGAGCACAGAAAGACUUCGACCAUGCUGAAGCCUCUCCACGGAGCCCCUGUGACCAGAAACGGAUUCCUCCUUAAAGAGGAGGUUGAACUAAACCCGGGGGACUUGGUGGGCUUGGGGAAACAUUACCUAUUCAUGUUUAAGGAUCCUACUAGCACAUCAGGGUCGCUGCAGACGCCUCCGUGGAUGACCAAACUCUGCCCGAAUUCUCACACAAAGACAUCCUCUUGCUUAUCGUGCGGCUCCAAUAUGGCCAUCAAAAGGCUGCAGAGGAGGUGUCUACCGCCUCGAUGGAGGGACCUGGAGGGCACAGAAGCUGUGGUGGUCUAUGAGCUGGAGCAUGAGGAGAGAGUGCUGCAGGAGGUGUUGGAUAUGUUGGACCCCAUAGGGAAUGAACCAAAGCUGACGCCUGCUUUCCUGCUGAGCCUCUGCAUUCAGUACUCAGCCUUCACCUUCCAGCCCACGCACUUCAGACAGCUGUUGCUCCGGAUAGCCGGGCAGAUCCAGCUCGUUAUGUGGGAGAAGACAAAGGAACUUGCAGCGAUCCAGCCAGAAUCGAGCUCCAGUGACGGGCAGCCCGAGGACCUUCAGCUGCUCAGCACGGAAGAGCUGAUCCCAGGUCUGCAGCCGCUGGUGCUUUGGAUGGCCAACUCCAUCGAGCUGCUGCACUUCAUCCAGCGCGAAGUCCCUCAGCUGCUGCCCUGGAGGCAGGACCAUGAGGAGGAAGGUCUGUUGGACUCUGAGAUCUCCUCCACUCGGACAGCCUGUGAGGAGGCCAUGACGGUCCUGGAGGAAGUAAUCAUGUUCACCUUCCAGCAGUCUGUCUACUAUCUAACAAAGAGCAUGUAUUCAGCCUUGCCCGAGCUUCUGGAUGGGAACCCGUUCUCAGAGAGCGGCCAGCUGCGAGUGCCUGAUGGACUGGGCAGCAUCCUGGAGGUGCUGAAGGAGGCGCUGAAGCUUCUCACAGCCUUCCAGGUCCAUCCAGACAUCUCGUUACAACUCUGUGCCUACCUGUUCUUCUUCAUCAACGCAUCGCUGUUCAACGCCCUCAUGGAGAGAGGAUCUGUCGCUGGGUUCUACCAGUGGUCCCGAGGGGUUCAGAUCCGGGCCAACCUUGACCUGCUGAUGGAUUGGAUUCAGGGCAUCGGACUGGGAGAUCUGGCAAAUGAAUUCUUCCAGAAGCUUUCUGCUGCUGUCAAUCUGCUGGCCACACCCAAAGAAACCCUCCUGCAGGCGUCCUGGGCUUCUCUCCGGACAGAGUUCUCUGCCCUGAAUGCUGCUCAGCUUCACCACACGCUGAGGGAGUACCACUCAGGUAAAGCCUGUCCUGCAGGAUGGACCCCGACUCUGAACGAUGCAGAGCUCGCCGUCAGGACCGCCGACAUCCUGGAGAGCUUCGACAGCCACCCGCCGCUCAUCCUGCCCAGCAGCACGUUUCAUCUGGAGCUUGGUAAACCCGUGGUGGAGCCCGCUCUGUUCGAGCAGCUCGGCCAUCUGCAGGAGUUCAUCCGCCGACUCCCCCGCAGUGAAAUCCAAGUCGAGCCCGAUGUGGAGGAACAGGCAACCCCAGACAGCCAGUCUACGACCUCGCCCUCCGUCACAGUAUUCCAGGACCCUGCCCAUCAGGAGGUGUCUGACCAGGUUGCCAGCUCGGACCUUGCCUCCCCUGCAGAGCCGUCUCAGGCCCAAGGAUCUCACGGUGACCUGAGGAGCUGUGAAGCGGUCCUGACCCAGAAGCUGAAGAGCCUAGAGCUGCAGAACACCUUUCAGGGAGGACAAGUGGACAUGGGCUACCACAAGAGCCUGGCACUGGACCCGUCCUGCCUGCUGACCCCACCCAACACCCCCCAGGGCAUGGAGCUGUCCGAGCUGGAGGCUAAUCUGCGGGAGGGGGCACUCCAACAAAAGAAAGCCAAUAGAUGUGCUGAGAGGAAGACGGAGAAUUUAGAAGAAGACGAAGGAGAAAGAGAGGAAGUGUUCACGGUGGAGCUUCACAGAGGUCCUCACGGCCUCGGUCUGGCGCUCGUAGAUGGGACGAAAACACAGCUGAGAAUGAGCGGCAUCUAUGUGAAGUCGGUGGUGCCGGACUCUCCUGCUGCUCGCUGUCAGAAACUGAGGACGGGCGAUCGCAUCCUGGCUGUGAACGGCAUCAGCGUGGUGGGGAUGGAGUACAACCUUGGUAGAGAACUGAUCCGAUCAUCAGGAGAAUCUCUCAGACUGCUGGUGGCCAAAAUCGACUCAAAGACCAGCGACAAGUGCUCGAUUACGACUAAAUGCUGAGGGGAGAGCUUUGUGUGGACGAUCAAGUGCAAUUUAAAAUACUCUGAGGAUGUUUGCUUCAUCCUUCCUGCUAAUCCAAAGCCAGUCAUUAUCUCAGAAAGGACAAACUCACGUCUCAUUCCAGACGUAUUGUGUGUUAUAGAGCUUUGUUUCUGUGCGUUGAGACAAUCAGAAUGAGGGCACGGUCACGUUUUCAUUUUGCUGCCACAGCUUCUGUCCGGCCUAUAAACAGCUCUCAUAAACCGCGAGGGAAGUAGCUGCCUGUGGCUGUUUGCUAACAUCUCAUUUCACUGUCUGAGUUCACAGUUUUCUGUCUGGGGAGCUUCAUCAAGCUGCUCCAGGAUCAAACAUCUGGCAACAACUGGAAUUAUUCUGAAAUGAAUCUUUUUCAAAACUGUGAAACUGUGUAUUUUACUCUGGAAAACAACUCCUAUUAGUUCAUUUGUUUUGGAGUCAUAAAAUCAUAUUUAUUCACAGGUGGACAUCAAAUAUAUUUUCUUGUCUUUUCCAGAACAUUCCCAAAACAAGGAAAACAACACUAAGAUCAAGCAGAUUCAUCUCAAUUUAGGAAAUGUUUUUCUUGUUUUGAGUAAAAAACGCAAUAAAUAUAUAGGACUAUCUUUGCA